CACGUGAAUGUUGUGAAGUGGAACAAGGAAUUAACUUCUGUGAAUUGAUCAUUGGAAAUGAGCACCAAAAAGGGAAAUAACACGAAAAAGGGCCAGAGACAUCAAAACACGAAAGCUUUCAAGAACAAUCUUCAUGAUACAAGCAAAAAGACAAAGCAAAUCAAUAGUUUGAAAGUUGGUGGAGUUUGCGUAAGAUGUCGUGAGAUCAUUGAGUGGAGAAAGAAAUACAAAAAAUACAAGCCUCUUACAGCGCCAAAGAAAUGUGUGAGGUGUGAGCUGAAGACAAUAAAACAUGCUUAUCACACAGUUUGUUCUAAAUGUGCACAACAAACAGGGGUGUGUGAGAAGUGUGGGGAGGUGCGAGAAAUAGCAGCAAAGUCUGAACCAACACCAGCAGAAAGAGCCUCAAAGGACAGUAUGUUACAACAAGAAAUAAAAUCUAUGACAGAAAGACAAAGAAGGACUUACUUCAGACAUAAUGAAGAAGGAGACAGAGAAGACACAAAACAAGUUGCUUGUGCUAGUAAUACAUCAGAUCUAUCCUCCAAUGAAGAUGAUGAUGAUGAUGCAGAAAUGUCAGAACCCCAUGAUGAGGAUGAUGAGCUGCUGGCUUCUUGACAUUUGACACAACUACACUGAGUACCUGUAACUGAGAGGCUCCAACUUAGACAUGCAGGGAGUGUUCUAGGGCUUAACAGUAACUGAUUCAUGUUGCCAUGGAGUUGCUCAAAUUCAUCACAGUGUGUGCCAAGCAUUAACAGCCAUGUCUUGGUUGUGGUGAUAUUGGUCAGUGGGAAAUUAUGAAUGUAAAUUAAUUUAGAAAAAUCAGUCGCAAAGUCAAUCAUAAACUAUAUGUUAUGCUCUUAUGCACUAAAGAAACUUUUAAUGCAUAUGAAACUUUAAAGCUUGAACAUCCCUACACGAGUCUCUUUUCCCUAGCAGUUUUCCUCAAAGAAUUCUUCAAUUUACUUUUUCAAUCAACGCAUAAGCAGAAUUAGUUUUCUCCUGGACAUAUCUCUUUGUCUUAAAGCUUCCCAAUUCCCUGAAACAGCAGGGUUUUAUUAAUUUUUUUUUCUCUUAACCUUUUCACACAGCAGUUUUUGAUAGGAACAAUCAAUUCUAAGCGAAGAAUUUUUGAUUUAGGAAUGUAUUGUAUGACCGAUUAAAAUAUCAUCUUCAUUCUUGUGCCAAUUCUACCAGAUGUAAGUUUGAAUGGAAGAUGGUGGCACAGUCUCAGUGAUGGUACCAUCUUGAGAAUUAAUUUGCAAUUCAACUGCAAAGUCAUCUUUGUUGAGUAUAAUAACUACUGUUGACAUGGAUGGUGCUGGAGUAGUAAAACCAAUGAACUGAAGGGAAGAUUUGCCACUUGCUGUAACCUCAAUUCUUUGUGAGCCAGGAGGCACAAACUUACUAAAGUGGCCCAAAUGAUAAAACAUUGGCUGUGAAUAGAAGAAUCACCAGAAAUUAUAGCAUCAGUAACUGGCACUGAAAAUCCGGGCAGAAAAGAUAUCUAUGUAUAUAUGUAUUUAUAUGUCAGAGAAAUGCAAAUAAUUGUGGCAGUCUUUUUUUUUUUAGCAAAAAUGGCCGUUGUCCGUUUUAUCUUCAUUGCCCUGAUUUUCAUCAUUGUCAUCAUCAUCAUCAUUACCAUCUGUUGACUGCUGUGCAACUGAUCGAAAUCGCAUUUUUGUAUAGUUUCCUUCUGACUAUAUGAUGAAGUGUAUUUUAGAAUUCUUUUGUUUUUAACCGUUUCACAAUUGGGCAAUAUGCGUGAGAUUUUUUUAUUUUCAUCACUGGCUACAACUUUACCCCAAAAGCCAAUUUUUUUAGCAGAUGACCAUAACUUUGUUCAAAACUGAUUACUUUUGGAGUGAAAAUGAAAAAUUGCAACCAAAUUUAUACCUGUUUAUAGAAAAGUCCUUUCUCUGCAUCUACAAUAAUUGGAGAGUCAACAAAGUUCUUCACCCAGUUGGGUCCUCCCUCCAUGUUGAGAGCUAUGUUCCAGUCCACCCAUCCAACAGCCCAGUUGGACAAGUCCUGAAGAGUUACAUGGAACAAUAUCAGAAACAUUGAUAUUAAACAUAAGCAGUGAAAUAGGUCCACUCCACUCAAAGUUGCUUCAGUUAUUUCUCUUCAUGAUAGCUCUUGGUCAAUACGUGCGCUUUGAUCAGUAAAUUUAGCGGGACAUAUUUUACUGUGCAGCCCGCUAAAUUUAAAAAGUUGUUUGAAUUUGUCCCUUUAAUCUUUCCCCUCUAUUUGAACUCGGAGAUAAAAUAAAUAUGACAAUCUUACUAUCCUCGUUUUCCUCGUGAGUUACGGAACCUCGUUUGUUCCGCUCGGAUUUAUGGCCCGCGCGCUUUGUCCUUAAAUCCAAGCCAGGGAAAAAAUUCGGUCCGUAACUUAGAGUUCAGACAAAGAACGAGGUUAAUAAAAAGGUACUAAAAAUUAGCGUUUAUCUUCACUAACUAGUUGUUUGCAAACUGGC